ACAUAACAACUAUGCUAUUUAAGUUAUUUGCAUAUCACACCGAUGUCUACCCUCAUGCGAGAGUUUCUAACUUAUUAGGAUGGGGACCGAAGCCACCACCUAGGCUUAAAGGUAUCUCCAAGUGCAAUGUUACGUAGUGGUGGCUCAUAUAUCUGGCUAUUCUGCUUACUAUUACAAGGUUACCGGUCUCAGAAUAUCACCACAGAAGAGCCCGGUUCACCUGUAGUCGGGUGUGACGCCUCGCUGAUCUGGACAUUAGAUAAACCAAAUUAUAAAACAUCUAUUAGAAAGGUAAAUCAUGGAGAAUUGUACAACAGCAAGAAAUACAGGAUCCACAAGAAACUUGAUGGUAAACAGAUAUUACGUAUAAGGAAAGUUACAUUCGCAGAUGCUGGGUUAUAUAGAUGUCAGAUUGGUUCUACACAUGAAUAUAAAGAUAUUAAUCUCACCAUUACAGAUUUCCGUUGGAAAAAUGACAUUUAUACCAGACCUGUUGCUUUUGGUGGAAAUGUCACUAUUAUGUGGAAAUAUUUUAGUAAAAAGGUAGCAAGAAAGAUUUGGCUAUACCGACAAAACAACAUCGAGCAAAAUCUUGCUUUCUGGAAUAAGGAUUUUAAGACGAUUUCGUACACUGAUGAGAGAAUGACCAUUCAUCUGAUCAACGAUGGCGAUGGAACGAACAUAGUAAAAUUGAUUGUGCGAGGAAUAACUAUGGAUGAUACAAAAUACAAGUACAUGAUCAAAUUACAAUUCAACGACGACUGCUACAAGUAUGAAAAACCCUUGAAUCUAAUGGACAAGCAGGUACUACUACAUAUGUACAGUGAAACAGCAGUUAUAAAAGCUCUACCUCAAGAAUCUGUUCAUUUUGUAUGGUAUUAUAAAUAUAUAUAUCCCGUAUAUAUGAUAUUAUUCACUCGAACAAAUGACACAAACCAUCGGAUCAACUUUGGAUAUUGGUUAAAUGGUACGUUUCACUCUACAUCAUAUAGUGAUGGCAAACUAUUUAUGUUUAAUAUAUCAAUACGAAACGUGGCUAAUGGUAUAGAAGGGAAGAUUACUCUAACGUUACAUAAUGCAUCAAUAGAUGACUUUAAUUACACCUAUGUAUGUCGCAUUAUCUUUCCUGAUGACCAACAAAGUUCGAGGUACAUCACCCUUAAAGGCAAGUCACAUGCUUAUAAUUUUGCUUUAUUAAAUUAA